AUGAAGCUUUUCUCCACCGGGUGGCUUCUGAUAGCCCAAAUUUCAAUCUCCCUGGCGUGUCUUCCCAUUCCGUGCGAGCCUUGCUCCGCCGGGUCAACGACCGUUUACACCACUUACGUUCUUCCGGGUCAAACCUGUCCUUAUUGCACCUGUAAACCGAUUACCAGUUCGACGACACCGACUCCACUCCCUUCUCCGACAACCACGAGCCUCCCAUGGGAUGGCUGCCCAAUCCCCGUCUGCGCCGAGUGCCCGAAAGGAUCCACAGAUAUCCUAUCAGCGACCGGGACGGCGAAGUGCCCGACGUGCGUCUGUGUUCCUACCCCGACUUUCGAGCCUGGCGAUCGGAGAGCCGCGGAGCAUGCAUCGCCUACCGACCAUGCGGGGAUCCUCGAACGCAAGAGGCGUGGUGCAAAUUCGGGACGAAUCUUUGCUCGAGUUCGACCUGAUACUCCCCAGGCGACGGAGGUUGCAAACGAAGCUGUCGAUCUCGCUCCGUUGGGUGGACAAUGUGGUGGAAUCACUUACUAUGGACCCACGGCCUGUCAAUCCGUCCCUGAAGCACUCGUGAAAUGCGUUUUUAUCAAUGAUUUGCCAAAUCGUCGCAUCAACAACGAGACCACCAUCCACGACCAUCACUUCAUCGCCAUGUCCCCCUCUCCCAUGUCCGACAUGCGUUCCAGGAUACACAGCUACAACCUGGACAGUCAAUGGUUGUCCUCGAUGUGGAUGCGCGCCAAGCACCUCAUCCUCUUCGUGUAUGACCCCGAAACCAACCUGCUCUUGCUCAGGCUCCUCAUACGCUGUGACGACCACCGAAAGUGGCUCGUGCCCCUCCUGCACUUGCCUCCCCAGAACUUCACCCUGCCCUCAUCCACCUCGGUGCACCUGUCCACCCGGAUACACUCUUACCUCUACCAGCACCGGAACAGCGUGUCCAUGGUGCUCGUGCUCCUUCACCGGCACCCCAGCUCCUCCUCCCACACCGUCAACGACAACGACGACUUACAGGGACUGCCCUACGUAUUCGUGUGCCCAGUGUCCUCCGGGGUCGUACAUCACACUCACGACAGUCGGAACCCAAUGUCCGACGUGGGCUUGCGCCUCGUAUCCCACUCUGACCACGCAAACCACCGCACCGUCGCCCGUCACAACGACGUAUAG